AUGCCGCCACCAAUGUUCAAUGGCCAAGCGCCUCCUCAACAACAGCCACCGACAUUUUUCCGUGGGCGUGGAGCUGCCCCUCCAGCCACAGCGACGCCCCCCGCCGCUGCACCUGCACCUGCACGUGGAGGCUUCGCACCACCACCAUUCCGUGGUCGUGGUGUUCCCUCCACCACGUGGCGGCUAUCCGGGAGCGCACAUCCGACGCCCAUGGUCGAUCAAGCGACGAGACUAAAAAGGCUUGCAAAUUGCGCAGAAGACGAGGAGUUAUGGGUGGAAGCCGAGUCACCGGAAGGGAAGCCGUACUUCUACCACUGGCAAACACGUGAGACAGUAUGGGAUCGCCCGGAAAAAGCUAAGAUCGUUGGUCAAACAGAACUUGCUGAAUUGAUUCAAAAAUCGAGUGAGGAGGAGAGGAAGGAACGGGAAGGUGAGCUUCAUUUUUCCCAUCUCCUAUCAGUAGGGACGACACUUUCAGCUAAUUUCAUGCUUCACGUUCUCGAUUUUUUGACACUACUUUUGCUUCAACUGUCGUUUUAUGGAGAAGGUGGUGCACGAAGAUACCGGAAGGAUUAUCAGGUUAGUGAUGAGCAGGUAACAUAG